AUGGCCGAGUCAUGGGGACACUGGGGCUCGCCCAGGAUUUUCCCGCAGCAAGAUUGGGAGGAGGAUUCUGAGAUGCAGCUCGGGGAGGCGCGGUUGGCGUGUGGGCUGCCACCUGCUGGGCCGGGAGACACUGAAGGAAGCCGCGGGGACGGAAGGACGGGGGCCCUGGGCGCCUUCUGCUCAGCAUCCCUGUCCCGGGCGGGAGAGACUCGGAGCCAGGACCUGCGGCCUCGCUGGAUGCGCUGGGUCGUGGCAGGCGGAGUAGCCAAUGGGAACCGCUGCUCACCGAAGGGGGCGGAGUCUGUUAUUCCGGGGCUUCGGUUUUUCAUCAGCAACGCGGGUUCGAGGACUGUGUUGCUAGGCUACCAGCUGCUGUUUACCAGGCAGAGGGUUUUCUGUGAGCCCUGCCAGGCAAGCGCAAGGACCCGGUGCCGUGGCAGCCGGAGGGUUCGGGAUCCCAGUUUCAGCCCCAGUGAAGACAUCCGCUCUCAGGGAGGACAGCUCACCGGGGAGCAGCCGCCUCAGAGUCGCUCAGGCUGCGGGACAGAGGCCGGGCUUGAGCCCGAGGCCUUCUCCAACGCCCCGGCCCGUAGGGAUUGCGAGGAGACAGAUAGGGAGGAUGCCGGCGGAGGGCCUCGUGGCCCCGAGAACGCCAUCCUGCGGAGGCUGGGUCUAGCGUGGGCUAGUCAGUGGGGACACCGGAAAAAGGCCAAGGGUCGAGGUCCCCCUUCCUCUGUGGUGAACACACCCACCCUGAACUGGUGGGACAUCCAGGCCCCCAGAGGCCUCUAUGGCUCCCCCUUCUCUGGCUCUAAGUUCUUUAGCAGUUCUGAGUCUCCAGAGCAUUUUGGGGUCCUCUCCUCGGUCCUCAGGCCCCCUUCCCACGACAGGCUCGCAGGCAGGACUGACCGCCCGGGCGGCCCGGCCCGCCCUCCCAAGGCCCCAGCCCGGGACACGGGGGAGCACCCCUGGCUGGCCCCUGACACUCUGCCCCCGCUCCCUGGACUCCGCAGGGGUCCCGGGAACCCCCUAGUGCCGGCCGGGGAUGGCCUGACCCAGGAGAAGCCGGCUCUUUCCUGGCUUCAAAUCCAGCCUUCUCGCCCGAGCAGAGUUACCAGACCUUCCAAAUGUUCCUCACCUCCUUUUAGCUCUCCCACCUCUAGAUUGCAAAUUUCCACUUCAGGAACGACAUCUCAGGUCCAGGACCAGGGCCAGGGCCAGGCCAAGGCCAAGGCCAGGCGCCUAGAGCCCAGUCCCCAGGGCCAGGCAGGCCCGAAAGCCUCGGGCCUGGAGACUUGGCUCCACACGCUCCCCCCCUCCCGGCUGGCCCCAGCCUGUGGCGAGAUCAGGGGCCGGCGGCCCCCUCACGCUCUGCCCAGCCUCCAUGGGAAUCAGCCCAAGACCUUCCCUGGUGAGCUCACCCUGUCCUCCCCAGUCUCUCGGCAGUGGAAUUACCUUUCGGACAACGUCUGCGGCCACUGGGGAGCGGGCCGCUGGCCCACCAAGAUGCAGACGAGACAUGAAGAAAUGACCCUUCCUCCCUCGAGCAACUCGUUUCUCGAGAUCAGCUGCCCCUCCAGGAGCCUGCUGCAGUCUCCGGUCCCCGACGACCCCGAGGACAUUUUGAAAGGCAUGUUUUGGAACGAAAAAGAGCCCUUCAGAGAAAGUUUGUCCUUCAAGUGGGAGCCGGAGGGGAGCAUCAUUUGCACAAAUGACUUAAACGUGACUAAAAUCGACAUCCAGGCCCACCCUGGACCAAAGAAAGGAAGCAAAUCGCUUUCCAAGCCCGGCCGGCUGCGGCUGGGCAAGGCUCGGCCCAGUGGGAGCGGGGGUGGAAAUGGCAGCCACCCCGUGAAGUCUCCUCCCUCGGAGGUCCAGGGGACUGCCAUAAGGACCAAAUUCAUCAGCAAGGUGGGCCCGGCCACUAUCAAGAGAUCCCGGUCCAGCAAAGUCACAUCUCGAGGACGGUCCAAGCGACGGGGAAUAAGGGUGGGGCUCAACUCGCAAGAGACAGGUGCCCCUGCCCACCCAGAAACACGAGCUGUGACCAAAACUGAAGCCUCAGGGAUUCAAGCCCACCAUACACACCCCACAGAAGAGCCCACCCUUGGAGAAAAGAAGUUGCUGCCUCCCUCCCAGGGUCCCUUUUUCUACAUCGGGGGUACCAAUGGAGCUGUGCUGAUCAGUUCCUAUUGCCGGAGCAAAGGCUGGCAGAGAAUCCAUGACAACCGUCGAGAGGAUUACAAGCUGAAGUGGUGUGAGACCAAGUGCAGGGACACCUAUUAUUCCUUUCGAGAAGGUGAACAACUUCUCUACCAGAUCCCUAACAACAAGCUCUUGACAACCAAGAUCGGCCUCCUGAAUGCCCUAAGGGAAUAUUCCAGAGUCAUGAGCAAGAUCAGCAAGUCGCCAACCGCAGCCCAUAUCAAGGUUCUGAAAAUGGAAGACUUUUUCCCAGAGACCUACCGUCUAGAUAUGAAGGAUGAACGGGAAAACUUCAUUACUGUGUUCCAUGAUGAAGAGAUCUGGAUCUGUAAGCCCACUGCUUCCAACCAAGGGAAGGGCAUUUUCCUCAUCAGGACCCAAGAGGAGGCAAUUUCUCUCCAGGCCAAGAUGCAGAGCAUAGAGGAUGAUCCUACCUACAAGAAGAUGCCAUUUAAAGCUCCCCAGGCACGAGUUAUACAGAGGUAUAUCCACAACCCACUGCUUCUGGACGGGAAGAAGUUUGAUGUGCGAUCCUACCUGCUUAUUGCAUGUGCCAUGCCUUACAUGGUCUUCUUCAGUCAUGGCUAUGCCCGGCUGACUCUGAGCCUUUACGACCCUAAGGCCAAGGACCUUGCGGGACAUUUGACCAAUCAGUUUAUGCAAAAGAAAAGUCCCCUGUAUGUUCUCCUGAAGGAAGAGACUGUGUGGAGUAUGGAGCGCCUCAACAAACACAUCAAUGAAAAAUUCCGCAGAGCCAAAGGGCUCCCUAGGGACUGGGUGCUCACCACUUUCACUAAACGGAUGCAGCAGAUUAUGCUCCAGUGCUUCCUAGCUGUGAAGUCCAAGUUGGAGUGUAAACUGGGCUACUUUGACCUCAUUGGCUGUGACUUCCUCAUUGAUGAGAACUUUAAGGUAUGGCUGCUGGAAAUGAACUCCAACCCUGCCUUACAUACCAACUGUGAGGUCUUGAAGGAAGUCGUACCCAGAGUGGUCCAUGAGACUUUGGAUCUCGCUCUGGAGACCUUCCACAAGAGCCUCCGAACAGAAAGGAUGUUUCCCCUCUUGAGCCAGCGCAACUUUGUGCUUUUGCACAGCGGUGAGGAUGACGUAUGGCCCCGGUCCAUCCGCUUACGGAGCCCAUCACGGCCUCUGAAGCUGAGCUGUGAGCCGUCCUACCAGGCCAUGAACCUGCUAUCUUCCACCACAGGCUCCAGCUCAGCCAAGGCUGCAGACAGGUCUUCGAAGAAGCCGGAGUCCGCCAAGCCCUGUCUGAAGCGAAUGGGCCUGUCGGCCCCCCCGGUGCCCGUCCAUCCCAAGUCUGCCUUGCAUCAGCCCAGCCCGCACUCCGUGGUGAAGGGCCAGCCCCAAGCCCUUUCCCAGGAGCCCGUCCAGCCCCAGACCCCCCACAUCACCUUACCCGAGGAGCCCGAGGCAAUUGCCGACCCCCCAAGUCACAUGUUUACCCUCCUCCGGCCACUCGCCUCCAACUCCUCUGACUUUUGGUUCCAGGGAGCUCUGGACAUGGAGCCGCCCCUAAUGGCUAGCAAUGAUCUCUUCUUGCCUCUCUAUCCAUCCCGGAUGCUGUCUCUAAGCUUCCCCUCUGCAGAGCCCAUUCCUUCCUUUGACACCCCCAGCCUUUCUGAGGUCCAGGACUCCACCCUCGAUUCCUUCCUGGGUCUCCCAGAGUAUGAACGCAAGGACUUGGGCUAUAGGGGUUCAUAGCCGUGCCUGGGGUGUUGACAUGUACAGAGUGAUUCCAUAAAGGCCCAUAUACCCACA